AUGAUUUGUUUGCCAAAUCUACCCCCAUAUCCUAGAAACUUUUCGGGCAAUUCUUUUCAACUAAGUCCUGAAUUGCUAUCAGAAAGGUCUAGUUUGACCCAGUUCGCAGAACCAUCUCGUGGUGGCUUAUUAGAUUACGUUGAUAAACUAGAGCAAUAUCUUGACAAAAUCUUUACAUACAUAAAAAAAAAAAACUUGAUAUCUAGCACUGACGACGGCAUUCAGGUGGCAUGUCAGCAAAUAAUUUGUGAAACAAAUGAGAUCCCGUGGAUUGAUAUACUUUUUUAUGAUGUGAACACAGAAUCACGAACAUUAAAUAAGGUGUUAAAGUCUCGUAGUACUCCAAAGGAUAAAAUUGACUGGUCGUUGGCAAAUGAAUUGCAAGCAAUUGUGUUAGCAAUUGUUUCGAUAUAUAUUAGGCUUGGGUCAAAUAUGAUAAACGAUCUUAUCGAAGUAAAUGAGGUUACUACCCGAGAACAAGUUGAAGAAGGCUGGAAAAAGGUUGUGGAGAGUUACAAAAAGGCAAUCUCCUUUUGCAAAUUUGGUCGAAGCUUGUGCGAGAAACCAGGUGGCGGAACGCCAAUGAAUCCCAUCGUCUUCCUUUAUUUUGAAAAAAUUAGUGAAAUUUGCAUCCAAAUUUCAAUAUUGUGCAAAUGUUCUGCUUUUAAUAGAUACUCUUAUAAUGAAUCUGAAAACUUUAAAUCAGGAAAUAAUGGGACAUUGGCUCGAGUCGCUAUAUAUAUAUUGAGUGAGUUAAAGUCAUCAAGGUGUCUUCUAAAUGAGCUAGAAGAUGCUCAAAAUUCCUUGGGAUUAAACUAUAAAUUGUGGACCGAAUACUUGAAUUUAAUUGAGAAGUAUAUAGCAGCAUAUGCUGGAUUAUUUCUCUCGAUCGAAUCAUAUCAGAGAAACGAGUUAGGAAAAGCAAUUGGUUUAGUUAACUUUAGUUUGCUUUCGUUACAAAGUAAGCAAAUUUCGGAAUUAAAUCUCAAGGGAUUGAAAGUGGUCGGGAGAUUCAAAAAUAAGUUCUUGGAAAAGAAAAAUGAAGAUUUUAUUAAGACAUUGAAAUCAAAUACUUCGAUGAAGAUUGAAAGUUCGGCAUUUAAAGAAAGUUCGGGGGUUGUUUUGAAGGACUUAUCGUAUUUAUUUGACCAACUAGUUAGAUUGCACUUAAAAUUUUCAAAGGAGAACGACAAUUUAAGUUUUCAAACUGUGGAGCCAUAUAAAGAUAUUGCGACGGACUUAAAAUGGCCCAUGGGAUCAAAAAUACCUAUGAGCGAAGUUACCACUUACGAACCAUCGAUAAAUCUGGACUUGAAUGAAGAUUUGAAAUGCUAUCCGGGAAGAGGGACAUAUUAUUGA